CAAAAAAAUGUAAACACAAACAAAUUGAAAUGGAAGAACAAGUGGAAAUGGUGGGAAGGGCAUUUGUGGAACAUUACUAUCAUUUAUUUGAUAGUGAUAGAGCAUCUCUUGCUUCACUUUACCAUCAAUCAUCCAUGUUGACAUUUGAAGGUCAAAAACUACAAGGUGUUGAUGAUAUAUGCUCUAAACUUAACAAUUUGCCUUUAGAAAAAUGUCAUCAUAUCAUUAGCACCAUCGAUACACAGCCGUCAUCCUUCCCUGGCGGCAUUGUCGUGUUUGUUAGUGGUAGCCUUCUACAAUCUGGUGAAGAACAUACUCUUCGGUUUAGUCAGAUGUUUCACUUGAUCCCCACUCCAGAAGGAAGCUUCUAUUUGCAAAAUGAUAUUUUUCGCCUCAAUUAUGGUUGAAUCAUGCCAUAUAUUGAUGUAUCAUUAUCUCAUUUGUAUCCCGUUUCUACCUUUAAAUUGAUCAAUUGUUUGAAUUA